UAUUAUUAUUACUACAACUGAGACAACUAUUUUAUGACAGAGAAAUUUUAGGUGCAUGUGAUUCACCUCAGCAGGCUAAGCUGUUCUGGUGAUGAUUUGUCUUGAGCAAACCAAGGCCUUGUGAUCCUCAACAAUAAUAUAAUUCUAAAUAGUGCUUAUAAUACUUAUAUAUAUUUAUUCAUCUUCCUUUCUUUACUGUUAAUUUAAUAUAUCCGCAUUGCUGGACCUGUCUCAGGCAUCUCCUCCACAAAACUUGAAUCACAUUGGUCAAGACACUGGGAUUUGUUUGGCAUGCCUCUAACCUCAUGCAAUAGCACUUCGGUUUCUGUGUCUUUAAGAGAGAAUCUUAAAUUCUCAACAGUUCUAUUAUAUUGUAGUAUUCUAUUUAAUCCCCAACAGUAUAUCUGACGAGGCUGAUGGGGAAUGUGAGAGCAUAUUAGCAGAGUCUUCAUCAACUUAAACAAUGUUGUCGCUUAAGUUGGGUUGUAAAAGGAGGAGCUUCUUGCCUUUCAUUCUGUGAUCUCCUUUUGUUCUGUUGUCUUCUUGUUCAGCAGAAAAUUUUGCUGUCCUUGGCUAAUUGAAUUCUUGCAGGUGGAGUCAGAUCAUGAAGAUCCACAUCUGAGUACAAAUUUCCUUCAAAGAAGAGUCAACUUUGCAUCAUUGCUUCAAAGUUAGUUCACCUUGGAAAAAGCUAUAUAGAUCACGGAUGGAAAAGCUUGUAAGAUCUUGUGACAAAGAAUACAUGAGGAUGGCCAUGUUGAAACAUGAAGAAACUUUCAAAGAGCAGGUAUAUGAACUUCAUCGUUUGUAUCGGAUUCAAAAGAUACUGAUGCAAAAUGUGGAAGCUAGAAGAGGUAUUGAAAUAAGUGAACAAGGGUGGUACUUCAGGAAUGCAAUUGGUUUCACUCAAAAUGCUAACCAUAGAGGUGCACAAGAAAAGCCUAAAAUGAAAUUUGACCUUGAAAGGCCCGCAGAGGAACGCAUAGCAGAAUCAGAUGAUGGGGUGCUAGAGAUGAUAGAUGAGACUGAGAUUGAGCUGACAUUAGGCCCCUCAAGUUACAACCGUAGGAAGAAAGUUGAGACACCACUGACUUCAGAUUCAGGACAUAGCUUGUCCUCUUCUUCCACUGGAUCCAGCCAUAUGAACAAGACAAGAUGUCAUAGCAGUAAUGCAACAAGAGAAGAAUCCAGUGGUAACAUAGUACGCCUUGUCCAGGUGCCGGAUUCAACCUCAGGGUGCCAGAGUGGAAUUAGAAACAGUUAUGACAUUGAAGAACAAUUAAGACAAGAGAGAUUAAAACAGUCACCUUGGCUUUUUCAAGUGUGGAAUCUGAACAUUACCUAAAAAAAAUAUAUCUAAGGUCAAUGUGAUAUAUUUAUAUUUCUGUUUUUGAGUCAAGACUAACUUUGUGAAUGAUGUUUUUGGUGAAUGUUCUGCCAAGUUAUCAUGUGUGGUGGGAUUUGAUGUGUCUCGGAUAAGAUCACUUUUUCCCCUGGUGCCUAAGCCCAGUACUAUUCCCAAAUCACAUGCCACUGAUAUUUCUUUUGUCCUGCAAUUAUUCACAUUCCUUGACAGACAAUCAUCCUUCCAUAGAUUACGGUGGAUAACUACUAUAUGUAGAGCUUACAAAUUCAACUAUUUAGCACUUUAUCUGAAGGGAAAUGAGAUAUUAGAUUUUAAUUAGAUUCCCACAUUCAAUUCAUCCUUUCAAAGAAGAAAUUUUAGAUAUCAAUUUUUCCAUAAUAUGACUAAAAAAUUGUACAUCCUAAUUCCCAACAGAGUGAGUUGUUCCUCCCAAUAUAUUUUUCUAAAGCAAUUGAACCCAGUUGUGUUUUACUAAAGUAUCGCGUUGCUGCAGUCCAUUCCCACUGCUAAUGAU